ACUAAGACUAUUCGAUUACCGUACAUGGCAUCACUAACGCGUUGACUUGCAAAUGGUAGCGGGAUUUAUUAAAUUGUAUUAGAUCUUUAUAGGUUUACUUUUGCUUUUCGGAAAUGGGCGAUAUGCUAAAUAAUUCAGAGAUGCUUAAGAAGCUGGGCAUCGACAGCUCCAAUCAGUGGAUUAUUUACGACGAGCAGUUUGAGAAGUUCUUCAACUUUUUGUCGGAAAAUAUUACCGACUCCAAUAUUUUAACAGAACAGGAAUUACUGGAGAGUGAAGAGAUGAAACUACGCGGCGCAUGGCUUAAAGAGUCAGAGCGUGUCCUAAGACUGCAACAAAUAGAAUCGGAAAAUCCUGGCCUACUAAAAUACACGGCCCAUGACGUUGACGCACUUGCCCGCGAGGUGGAAGCCAUUAAGGAGGCAACCAAGGAUUAUUGCAUACUGAUCGACGAAAUGCAGAACACAAAGCACAGUCAGAGCAGCAAACUAAGCGAGCUGGAGUGUUCGAUUCUAUCAUUGAGCAAUGGAGAGAGGGAGCUAUUAGGGGAGUGCCAGGCGAAGGCUCGUCAACUGGAAGAGGUGCAGCGAGAAAACUCCAAGCUGAGCGAGGAUGCCAACAAGGGCUUCACCUUGCCGCAGGCGCCGCCCCUUUUCAUGCACCAGAUGCCGCUCGAGCAGUAUUUUCUAAAAUGUGACUCUUUUAUGCAAUACUUUACGCUCUACAUGAAGGAGAAUUUCAAGAUACAGGAGUUUACUGAAUUCGAGGACGCCGAGGUGAACAUGCAGCACUUCAAUAGCAAUCUGGAGAAUCUGCAAAAAUCCAUUCAGUAUCACACACUGGAGUAUAUAAAGGAGAAGGCCAAGGCGAAGGCCACCCAGGCGCUGAUUGAUCACGUCGAUCUCAAUAAAAUCCAUUGCAUCAGCUUAGCAGACAUGUUGCGCGAAACACACGAGCUGCAGCUACUCAACAGGAAUCACCUGACGAGCACCUACGACACUCUGAUGAAUGCUCUGGCCAUGCACGUCCAGCAGCAUACGCAGCAGCGCAUCGAGCUGGUUCUCUACGAGAACACCAAGCUCAAGUUGGAGCGGGCAUUGCGUCGCCGCGAAAAUGACAAGCAGCUGACGACUGUCAUUUCCGAUGCACUGUCCAACGCUGAGCUCAUCUGGAUAGGCAUACAGCUGGACCUAGAGAAGAAGCGAAACUGUACGGACAGCUCCAUCGGUCUCUGUAUGCAGGCGCAGUCUAGCUGCCAGCGUAUACAGGCGAUGCGUUCGUUGAACGCCUGCUCUAAAGGCAUCUAUGCCGAGUUUGUGCACGAAAUCGCCAGUCAACUAUCAAGGCAUCUCGGUCAGAACGUUCGCUCUGCUGAGGCCAAGAGCUGCUUGUUUGAGUAUGAAAAGUUUGGCCGCCUCUUGACUAACUCUCUGUACAGUAUGUUGACCCACAAGUCAGAAGGGUUUGCGCACAAACAGCUGGCCGAACUCAAAGACUUGGAGCAACUGCUGUGCCCGUUCGUCUAUAAUUCGCCGCUUGAUCAACCCAUGUUAGAGAACGUUCGAUACUUGUAUCCCAUGUUUGAAGUUCGACAGCAACAGUUGCGCUUCGAAGACUCGCUUCGCCAGUUGCGCACUCAGUUCCAGGAAACGAUCCUAGAGCGUAUGGACAAAGAAAAGCUUUGGCGCUAUAGCAAACUCUUGUGGAUUUGGUUUCUCACUGAUCCGCAACGAAUGAUUCAUGCCAUUGAUGAGGUAAAGAAGAGCUCAGCGAAGAUCCCGGCGCUAACAACCGCCAUGCUGCGCCCCAUCGGCGGACUACAGCGCAAAUGAAUAGAAUACAUAUUAACUAAGUAACAAUAUAAAUAACAUCGAAUAUUUAUAGUAA